AUGAGUGCAUCACUGGUUCCAAGUGAGCCAUGUUACACCCAGCUGCAGGACAACAGAAAUGAAAUAAAAAAUAACAAUGAAAGCAUAAUAAGUAUGGGAGAUACAAAUGCCAACCAAAUUAUGACAAAGGUCAGAAGCACUGAAGGGGAAGUCAAGAGAUGUGAUUUGACAACUGAUCCUGGAAGUGUGCAUACUGGUGGGUCAGAGAACAUUACGCAGUUGGAUACAGAGCAGAAUAAAUUUGUGGUCUUUAAGGAAUCUCAGAUUUGUGACAUCAAUGUACAAGAAUUUAGGUUGCCUUCUACCGUAAACAGGGAAUUGGAUAAAGAUUACAAGACUGAUGAAGUUAAGGAUACUUCAAAGAAUAUUCGUAUUAGCCGAGGAAAAAGUCUGUCUAAUUUGAAGAGCAGUGCAAAUGAUACCAGUUCAGGGGUUCUUUCAAAAGAUGAUGUUGAAUUUACCCGGCAUAUUUCUAAGGAUAAAAUGAUCAGGACCAUGGAGGCUGAAGGAAUAAAAAGGCUUUCUUUGGGAAGAUCAAGUAAAUUUUCUACUAAAACAGAAGCAUUUUCAAAAGAACGUGUGUCGUGUAAACGUUCACUUUCUGCAUCACUGGAUUCCAUUGAUACAUCACAUCAUUUGAUUGGUGAUACUGAGAAAUCACAGAAAACACCAGCGGAUCAUUUUCUAGGUAUGGUUUUUCAUCCACUUGACAAUACCUCAGAGGAAAAUAUGGUGUUUUAUUCAAAACCAUCUACCUCAGAGAACAAGAAAGUAAAUAUCCCAGAGAGCCAAAUGGAUGUGGAAGAUGUACCAAAUGUUAACAGCAAAAGCACACUGCAUCCUACUCACAUAGAUCUAAAUUUAAGUGGUAAGCCCAGUGAAGUCUCUAGUAAGUCAGAAGCACAACUAGGUCAGGGUCAUACAAGUAAAAAACUGGAGCUAAAACAUCCACCACUUGUACCAUCUAAGAACAUUUGUCAACAAAAAAUUGAGAGAAUUAUGUUGGUCGAAUUUCUAGGAUGUCAAAGAGAAGAAAGUACAUUAGUACAAGAGAAGAAAGGAUGUGGAGCUGAAGUGUCCAAAAUGCAAGCUCCCCAGUUUCAAGACUUUUGUAGUAAAGUAGGGGAUCCACUCUUAAACCAAGUGGUAGCCUAUGCUGAGGACAGACUACGAAGUGGUAAUAACACCUGCCCUGGGUUAGGAAGAGGAAGUAAUGAUGAUGAAAGCAGGGCAGCUUAUCAAGGUCGUCAGGAAUACAUAACAGACAAAGAAAUUGGAUCUGUAUUUGAUAGCAAAUCGAGUGGCAAACUAACACCUACAAGAAAUAGAAACUUACUUGAAGCUGGUACAAGUUGCAUUCAAACAGUUGGUGGGCAUAUAUCUUUUCUACACAACGUUAGUCUCCCUUACAGCAAAACCAUGAAAGUUAAUGAGAAUAAACUAAUGCUAGUCAAAGGGAACGCUGAAAACACCACAGUGUCUGCCUCUGAUCUCUCAGAUCAACACAGAGCACUUAGUACAGACACAAUGUCAAACGAACAGCCAAACAACCAGGAUAGUGAUGUGGAAACUGCAAGCUUUUCAGUUCAGAAUAAAAAGACAGCUAUUGCAAAGAAAUAUCUUUCAGAUGAAGCAUCAGAGAGUUAUAAAAUUUCAGCAAGGGCUGAUGCCUUUUUCUGUGUCCCAACUUCCUUGCGCCCAGUGGCAACUGUGAAUGUUAAUAAUCAGCCCACAAUUUCAAACAGCAAUUUAAAGGAACUUUAUGCACUUCAUGUUGACAAGCUGUCACCCUCCUCAGUCCUACCUCCCAUUGACAGUACCCAGUUGUUAAACAUAUCCCCUAAAGUGCCUAUCAAGACUGCUGUGAACAGUGGAAUCCCCAAACCAAUCCUUGUGCAUUCCAAGGGCUCCCUUACAGCCAAGGGUGAUGCGGAGAGUGACAGCAGUGAAAAGCCUGAAGAAAACAUUGAGAUAAAACCGGUCAUACCCAAACCCAAACACGUGAGACCUAAGAUCAUCACUUACAUUAGAAGAAAUCCUCAGUCUAUAGACCAUCUUGACUCUUCCUUUGCCUCAACUGAGCUGCCGUAUGGUCCCCCUGUGUGUGGUAUGCCCAUGGCAAAAGAACAGCAGAUAUUGAGUGGUGGGGAUAUUAAACCAUCUAACAUUCUGUAUGACAAAUUUAAACCCGACUUGCAGAAGCCAAGAAUCUAUGGUUCGGGACUUGUGGUAUCUGGCAUUAAACCCCCGGGGCAUCAUUUUGGUCAAAUGAGUGAAAAGUUUUUACAGGAGGUUGGGAAAAGGCCUAUGAAAGAAGAAUUCUGUUCUCCACCAUAUACCCACUAUGAGGUAUCUCCAAGUUUUUAUCGAUCUGCCAUGAUACUUAAACCACAGUUAGGACUGGGUGCAGUUUCCAGGUUGCCCUCUGCAAAAAGUAGGAUUUUGAUUGCAAGUCAAAGAUCCUCAGAUAGCUGCCUCCAUCAGCCAGGACAAAUAACAAAUGCUUCCAGCCUUUAUCAUCCUGAGGCUUCAGUUGAUCUAAAAAAAGGCCCGUGCCCAAAUGCUGCAAAAUCCAAUCUCCCCAAGCCAUGUCAAUCUGGACUUCGUCCUCCUGGCUAUUCACGCUUGCCAGCAGCUAAGCUGGCAGCAUUUGGUUUUGUCCGGAGCUCGAGUGUAUCCUCUGUCUCAAGCAACCAGUCAAAUGACAGCGUUCAGAGUGAUCAAAGCAGAACAACCAACCGUUCAAACUUUGGCAGUGAAGAGCAAACCCCUCCUAAGGCAUCUGUGCCUUCUAAAGAUUUACCCAAGGGGACCAGUAGGACUGCACUGCAGGUAUCAACCAGCACAGCAACUCCCCGCAGGAGUUUACUUCCAGCACCGAAAACUACCAUAACACCUGCUGGUUUGAAGAAAGAAGUACAAAAAGAUCAAGAUGCAAAUAAACCCACAGUGUCAUCCCCUAAGAGAUUAGCAGUAUCAACCACCAAGCUCCAUUCACCAGGAUACCCUAAACAAAGGGCAGCUGUUCCAAGGAAUGGAUUUUCCACCAAGGCAGAUCUGCAGACUCGAGAGACUGAACGGCAGUUCAUCCAGCAGCUGAAGGAAAAGUGUGACAAGCAGUCCAGGCAAUUUAGCUAUAUUCAAGAGGAACUUAAAAGAGCCAGUCGUGGCUUCGAGGUCUUCGCUAUAACAACACAGCAUUUCUUUUGUAAGAAUGAAAGUGCCCUUGUGAAAGAAAAGGAGCUAUCAGUCGAGCUUGCAAACAUCAGGGAUGAAGUUGCCCUCAACACAGCAAGAUGUGAGAAAUUACAAAAAGAGAAGGAGGAACUGGAGAGAAGGUUUGAGGAGGAGGUGAGGAAGCUGCAUUGGCAACAGCAAGAAGAGCUGCGUGCCCUUGAGGAGAGGUUGCAGUUACAGUACAGGGGUGAAAUGGACCUCUUGCAAGAGGAACACAGACUUCAACUUGUGAGGAUCAAGUGUCAGCACCAGGAACAGGUAGAAGAUAUUUCAGCCACUCACGAAGCUACAAUGUUAGAGAUGGAAAACAGUCACACAGUUGCCAUUGCAGUACUCCAGGAUGAUCAUGACAACAAAGUUCAAGAACUGAUGUCUGCCCAUGAACUGGAAAAGAAAGAAUUGGAAGAGAGUUUUGAAAAACUGCGGCUGUCACUCCAGGACCAAGUAGAUACCCUCACCUUCCAGAGCCAUUCUCUAAGGGACAAGGCAAAGCGAUUUGAAGAGGCAUUAAAGAAAAACACUGAAGAGCAACUAGAGGUUGCACUAGCUCCAUAUCAGCACUUAGAAGAAGAUAUGAACAGCCUGAAGCAGGUUUUGGAAAUGAAGAAUCAGCUAAUUCAUCAACAGGAAAAGAGGAUCAUGGAACUGGAAAAGCUGGCUGAAAAAAAUACAAUAUUGGAAGAAAAAAUUCAGGUGCUGCAACAGCAGAAUGAAGACAUGAGAGUCCGGAUUGAUCAAAAUACCGUUGUGACAAGGCAGUUAUCUGAGGAAAAUGCUAAUCUUCAAGAAUACGUGGAGAAAGAAACCAAGGAAAAGAAGAGGUUAAGCAGGACUAAUGAAGAGCUGCUUUGGAAGCUCCAGACAGCGGAGCCCAUGAGCCCCGUUAAACUGUCUCCUACGUCUCCUACACCUAUUUAUCGCUGUUCAUCGGGACCUCCUACUCCCGCAAAAGUCAGCACAGUGCCAAGAUGACCGCUCCACGCGGCUGCAGACGUUAACUGGGCUUUUACACAUUUUUCCAACCCGCUGAAUGUGAUCAUCCAAGAAAGUAUUAACAACCAUAGACACCUAGGGUUGGUUACUGCAAGCAUGCUCUGUAGCUGCAUAAGUGUAAGCUAGGCAGUGUACUAUUAUCAUUCCAGUAUAGACGCUCCCGGUACUGGCACACUGAUGUCUUAGAGUAGUAUAACCAGUGUAGUCUGAUGUGUAAACAUUUUGCCAUGGUUAGAGCUGAAAGAAAGAAAAUACUACUACUGAUGGUUCAUCAAAAUGAACCUUUGCUGCAGUGGUUCAGGUUAGUUACAAACAGUUCACGUUUUGAAUAUCUAUAUAUGUAUGUGUGUUUAUAUAUAUAUGUAUGUAUUGUACCUAUAUAGGUGUAUAUAUCGACACACACAACAUAUAUGGAGUUGAAGAUGUUCUGAAUUGCAUUUUUUAUAUUAUUGGAUACUCUACUAAGUGCUGAUAUAUUUUCAUGAUGGUCAGCAGUUUUGUAACUUGUGCCUAAGACUUAUAGCUAAAUGAAAUGCAUUUCUGUCAAGCCUCCCAGGAAUAUUUCUACCCAAAAUAGAAGAAAGUUACUUAGAAAUAGAAGCGCCUUCCAAACUACCACCAAGUGGUACACUGUAUAACGUGAACACCAGCGACAUAGAGAUUCUGAAAUAGUACUGCCUUCAAAACAAUCACCUCCAUACUCAAUGCCAGAUAAGGUCACUCAUUCCAGUCUCCAAAUUACAAUUAUUAUUAGCAUCAAUAUUGUGAAUGGAUGUAGGAUAGAGACCAAAACCUGGAGGGUUUUAGCAUGUUCCAUACAAUUUAUUUGAUGGAGUGACUCCAUUUUACUCUCUCAAAUCCUAGUUAGCCUUUUUAUUUUUAACUGAACACUUUUGGAAGCACUCAGAAUCUAUAACAAAUCCAGUCCCGUGUUAUUUUAUUUCAAGCCCCAGAAAGACGAAAAAAAAUAUUUGCUGUGACCUUGACAUUUGGCCAAAAGCAUUAAUCCCCUAGUCGGAUAUUCUAAGCAUUUAGAUCCAGUUUGCCUCAGGGUACAGGGGAUCCUGCACAUACUAGACUAACGUUUGCCCUUGUUAAUGGCCAGGAGAACCCCAGGGAAGAUUUGUGGGGGCCACAUGGAUCCAACUGAGGCCAGAAUUUGGUCCCUCAACAUAUAUUUUGAGGCCAAACUACCUUAAACCUCCGCCUUCCAGGCAAAAUGCAAAUACUCUUAGGUUUCCCUGUUAUAUUAACCCCCUUUGCUGCACCUGUUAACCAUGCAUGUGUUGCAGUGGCAACUUUCCGUGCCGUGCCUGUCUAGACCAGAUGGACUGUCACGCCAUACUGAGUGAGCAUGCUGGUUUCCCAGGGGCACAGCACCUCAAACAUCAGUUAGAAUGAGAAGGGGUUAACAGUAUUUCAUCUGGAUCCUGGGUACAGGUAGGGAACUGCACAAAGCCAGGCAAGGUCCUGUUGUCUUUGAUGUUCUCUAAAUGUGGGUUCCAGCAUUUGCAUCAGAUUUGUUUGGAUUAGACUGUGAAAGCGUUUGAUGUAGCGCAGCAGCAGGUUAGGUGUGUGAGUCACCCACAUGACAGCAAAAUGUUUUUUUUUUAAAUGAUGUGAUGCUUUUAUUUUCCAUUUCUGGCAAAGACCCUGCCCAUUUUCCUGCCCAUUCACAGAGCGCACUGCGUGCUCCAGGACCUGACCCAGUUACAGCCAGGAUGUAAAUACCGACAAAAUAUUCCAGGGUCAAGAAGCAGUGGGAAAGAGCUGUUGUGACAAGGUGUGUAUACAGAGAAUGACUCGCAUGGAAGCAGGCAGGAAGGCAUUUACUCCAGCAAACAUGCGCGUUGUUUGCACUUGAAAUAUGCUUCAGCUUUCCUGGGAUGUAUUCAGAAUGCUCAGGCUGCAGCUUAAGUACAGCCAGCUUCGAUCUAAGUGGCUUUGGCCCAUCCCAAGAUGUAAAAAUUAGGUUAAUUUUUUUUUUAGAGAAAUUUAUUUUUGUAGCAGUUUUGCAUGAUAUUAUGAUACUGAGUACAUUGAACAUCUUAUUAGACUAGACCAGGCCAUAUUUGACUAACACUGUCGAAAUACAUUACUAGCUUGUAUGUGUUCAGCAAGUACACCCUGAAAGUAGGAGAGUUGUUGAAGAAGAAAAACCACUAUCGCUAUCAUUUUGGUCACUUUCAUACCGCACUUGCUAAAUGCACAGGUACUCUGCAAUACCUACUUCAUUGUUAUGUUCCAGGCUGGGGCAAUGUGUUCUAUUACAGUACGAAUUGUUACCAUGACGUUAAUCUAAAUUAUCCCAUGGGUGACUCACUAAAACGUUAUACUGUCCCGAUCUGAGCUGGCUGAGCCAAUCUGUUUUCCUUCAUCAUUUCUCUGUUUACGGUGCUUUACUCAUCCUUUUGUCAGCUAAGCGCACAUGCAAUGGAUGCUCCUAGCAAUGAAUUGGGAGUUGGGGCUUUAGUGGUGGGUAGACUGGGCUGCCAGCGAUCCCAACAUCAUUUCCAUUCUCCCUGUCUUACAAUAGUCACUUCCUGAUGGUGUUUGAUACUGGAUGCUGAUGCUUCCAUCCAUGUGACUACAGGUGGCUGCCAGGGGCUUCUCUUCCCCAUUCAUCCGGUUCCCUGCGGGAGAGGGGGGAGCUGCCUGGGGCUUCCCGUCUCCCGGCUUGCUCCCUGCCAGAGCUAGGCAUCCUUGUCAAUUUCACACCUCAGCUAUGAAAUUGACAAGGCUGCCUAACUCCUGGCAGAGAGUGGUCAGGGAGGGGGCCCACUGGGGCUUCUGGCCCUGGCUGCUGGCUGGGAGCAGGGUCUGAAGCCCCCCACCCCGCCCAGCUUCUGGCCCCGGCUCUCAGUCAGGAGCGGUGUCCAGCCACCCAGCGGAGCGGGGAGAGCUGGACUCUAGCUGGGGGUGGAGUUAUUAUGUCGGUGUAGUAGGGCACUUACAUCAGUGGGAGGACGGCUGUAGUGUAGACACUAACAUUAUUAGGUUGACAUAAGCUGCCUUAUGUUGACUUAAUUGUGUAGUGUAGACCAGCCCUCCGCAGCAAUAUACCACUAGUGAGCCUUUCCCUGACCAGUAAUAAGCAUAUCUCCCUCCAGUAUUAUCCAUAAACCAAGCUUUCUUAAAUGGCAGUGGAGAACACUGCCACUCUGUCAUAUAAUCUUGUUUCCUGACCUAGCACCCUCCGCUUUCUCUGCCCACACUUCCACUUACAAACGCUAACAUCUGCUGGCAUGAAGGGUUGGUAAGGGAGAUGUAACUGUCUGGUGCAAGAAUGGCAUUGAAGUGAAUGCAGUAAGAGCCAAACCUUUUUCCUCGUGCACCAGAAUUCCCACUAAAAUUUCAGUGAAAAUCAUAGGUGCACUAGGAAGCUAGUACCCAGGUCUGUGGGUUGGGGAAAAGAUUUUGUUUUCGGGACCUGGAUUUGUUUACUGGCUGAACUUCAGGCACCAGCACAUUUGUGGCUGACUUGGCUGAUCUUUCAUCUGCCAUCGUUAGGGUGUCGGCUGAAAUGAUAGGAAAUGUACUGGCAUCUGGAUAGGAUUUAAAAAGCAGAAGCAGCAGGAUUUUGAUAAUUCAUCACUAUCUAUUCAAAGGAAAAGUCAGUGGGGACCUAUCCUCUAUACCAAUCCACAAGAAAAGAGCAAAUUGUUAGGGGGGAAAUUUACACCUGUGCAAAGAAGAACCAGCUCAGAGCCCUGUAAACUCAAGUAAGACGCGUGGAGGAGCUAUUGGGUGAAGAGGGGACAAGGACAGUCCUGCUGUAUAGGAGUUCUUUAUGCACACUGAAAAUGGGGGUGCCCAGAGAUCUGUGAUUACAUGGAUUCAGUGACCCUAACAACCCUAUUUUAAUCCUUGGGUUUAAAUAGCAGCCUAAUGGGGCACUGCUACAAAUCCACAGGUUGCCUGUGGGCUGGGUUGGUAAAAUGCAUCGCCGCUAACUCCACAACACAGGCUUUUUUCAGGAGAGAUGAAUUUCACCCUGUUACAGCAGCAUUUCCUGAUGCUGUGACUGCAGGCCUGCGAAGACACUUGGGGAGGAUUACAGUUUAUUGGGUGAAUUUAUCUAUAUUUUGCAGCCAAUGUAAAUAGCAGGAUUUUCAAGCACAUAACUAGGGUGCAUAAUAUGGCCUAGACAGUAACAAAAUGUGGGAAUUCACUUUGAAAACAGAUGUCAAUACAUUAUACCAAAACAGCAGCAGGCUAGCAAAGCAUUGUGAUUGUAGCUGGAGUUCUCACCCUGUCGGCGCAUGCUCUAAACGUUGGGUAGUAUGGGGCUGUUCAUGCAUUGUGCCUCAAUACCUGAACAGUAAAUGUUCCACUUACAAAUAAACCUUACUGGCUAGUGAGGGCUGAAUAAGGAUUGUGGGGAGAGGGACUAUCUUUUACAAGGCAAGUGCUCCUGAGACUUAAUUAUGGAGGAACUCUCGAUUCCUCCGCUUGCUCUCCUCAUUAACCCACACUGUGAGAAUACAAAGUAAAAGCUGUCAAACCAUUCUUUGAUUUAGCCAGCCCUGGACCCACUAAUCAUUAGUUUCUGCAUCUCUCAAAGGGCUACAGAGUGUAUACUUUUCCUCCACAGCAACUAUCCAUAAAGACAGCUAUUUAGCUACUAAAAGUGACUUUAUUUUUAUAUUGGAAGCCGUCCAAUAGAAAGUGAAACAACAAUUUUACAAUAAAGGAACCAAAAUACACACCUGAACUUCAGUGGGCUUUGGGGAUGCUCGGCAAUUCUGCUAAUCAGGCUAGUUUAACAUAGAUGCUUAAAUGUGGGUUUUACGAACUUUAGGCAUCCAGGUUUGAACAUUUUGGCCUAAGUUUUUAAUUCAAUGCACAUAAUUAUGGCUGUACUAUAAACCUCUGAAAACCACAUUUUAUAAUGGAAAAGCCUUUAACUAUGGAAGGAUAAAAUAAAUCCCUCUUUUCCUCCACCUCUACUGCAAACUCAAACAGUCCAGUAGCUAAAGCAGAAUUACCUUCACUUCUAUAGGUCACUAGGUCCCGCUUUCAUUAAUAUGACUAAGCCACAGGGCUAGCAUCUGAAAUGAGAUUCUGUCCUCAUGUUGGUGGGGGGCUCAGAAGCCAGGUUUUGGUUCAGUCCAUUUGUAGGACAUAGCAAGAGGAAGUUGGCAAGACUAGUCGGAUUGCUCCCAGUCAUGGCACAUCACUUUAGGCCCAAAUUCAUGACUGGUUUAUGAAUAGCAUUCUACUUUAGUUUUCAUUUAGUUUGUAAGUACUGAGCAGGUGAAAUGAUCAGUGUUGGGCUCAGCGAUGGGUAGGGUGGGGGUGGGGGGUGCAACAUUGGUGGCACAGGGCCUGUAGGUAGCACACUUUAUGUGAUUAUUCUUCCACUCCCUUUCCCUUACAGAGAUGAUUCAGCCAGGCAGGUCAAUGAUACUUGAUUAUUGCUAUUACCUUUUAGAUAGCAAAAGGAUGUAGGUGACAUAUGCAUAGGGAGGAAUUACUCCAGGGACCAUUGCUCUAUAAAAAAAAAAAAAAAAAAUUGUCACAAUUGCUCUAUAAAAAUACAACUGCAAGCUUAUUUGGGGGCGUGGCCUUAAGCGUAUUUAUUAUCUCUACUGCAGCAGCACCCAAAGGAUCCUAUCAGACUGAAGGCUCCAUUGUAGUUGCUGUACAAAUACAAAUUAAGCCAUGGCCUCUGCCCCAUGGAUGGUCCCUGGAGAGAGUUUUUAAACAGCCCAUCCACCCCAACCACCUUCAAAUUCCUCCCACCCAACAAGUGUCUUCCUCAGAAAGAAUGAGCAUGUGAAGCAGGGCCUCCUUGAGACCAUAGCCAGCUGGUGGGCAACCUCACUUAUGGCUUGUCUAUACUUCUGGCUAAAUCAGCAUUGCUGCGAGCGAUGCAGUGGUGUUGAUUUAGUGGGUCUGGUGAAGACAAGCUAAGUCGAUGGCAGAAUGUUCUCCCAUUGAUAUCUGUACUCCACCUCCCCGAGAGGCAGAAGGUAAGUCAGUGGGAGAGCAUCUCCCAUUGACAUAGUGUGGUGUAGACACUGCUGUCAGUCGACCUAAGUUCCAUCAACUUCAGUUACUUAACUGCAGUCGCGUAACUUAGGUCGACUGACAGCUUUAGUGUACACCAGCCCUGAGAGGCAAGUGAUGAAAAAGAGUCAGAGAGCAACAAAUUCUUUCUUGUCUCUUUUUUCUUCACAUCUGUCUGUGGGACAUGAGCAGUGUUUGAAUUCUUGCAACUAAGAAAUUUGCAUAAAUCAAAUCAGUAGAUAAGUUCCUGCAUUUCACUGAAAUAAUUUGCUUACAAUAAAUCAGCAGGUACCUAAUGGUUAAGUUCAUUUUUUGGUGAGAAAACAAACAAAAAACAAAAUCAGGUAUUUUAUGUCUCUGCACUGAUUGCAUUUGUGUCCUGUGGACACACUGAGGAUCCUUCUGUAAAGUUUUUCCCAUGCAGUAGGAGUUCUGUAGUCUGAUUUAAUACGUGGUUAAUGAAUUACAGGAAAAGUUUGUAUUAUUUCUGUUAUGAUGUACAGAUGAGUGUAAUAUAUUCCUGAUAAUAAAUUCAUGCUCCAGCACAAAUAUGGAUGGAAGCAUGCAAACUGG